AGUCAAGUUGAGAGGCCUGCCACCAUGAUUGUUCGGUGACUGUUCACAUCGCUUUGUUGAGCUUUUGAAUUCACGGGUUGGAUUGAAUAAUUCGCAUCCUUGUUAUCGAAGGAUAGAUAUAAAGUAUGGUGGUCGAGACGCUUUCUUCCGUACAGGAAGACCACCCAGCCCUGUGUUGGAGCAUCGAUAAGGAACGAGAAAUCAAGAAUUGCUACUGGAGUCGACAAAUUCUUGAGCUCUUCCAUCCAUUCCGCAACAACAGUGACAGCGACGAAGCAGGAAUCCACGAGAAAAAAGAAGCCAAUACGAGUGUUAGCGAGAACGAUUUCAUGUCGCCAGCGCCAUCGAACUGUGCCAUUGCUGAGCAUAGCAAGGAAAUUUCUCCCGCUGUAUUUUCAACGUCGUACAAAACACUGCUGCUCUUGGCGGCGGGAGCUGCCCGGCAGAUCCAAGAAGAAUUCUGCCAACGGUUUCCAAUCGAAAACACGGAUGACUGCGAACAUGUCAUCAAUGAUAGCAGUGAGCAUACAUUUCGCGGUUCUUUGAAGGAAAAUACCAAUUUUGCGGUCGCCAUACCAGAAGGUCCGAUGCUUCCCCUUGCAAUUCUGGUGGUCUACGCGCUCAAUGCUGGACUCAGGCAGCAGGAACAGCAGCAGUCUCGCUGCUUGCAAUACGCCGUGUUGGUUCCAAUGGAUCCAGACGAGGGAAAGAAUCGAAACUCGUUUAUUCUGAACGACACGAGUCCAUCGUUUGUCUUAGCGAUUCCAGGAGAGGACUCGAUGAAGUUGCAAGAACUCAUUGAAAACCAAGGCAACGAAAAAAGCAACGAAGAGACUGACACACGAACGCCGAGGCUCCUCGACUUUGUUGAAUUGGUCAAGACCUCAAGGAGCAGAUUGGAAUUAUCCUCAUUUUUGCAAGGAUGCACACAAAGCGUUGCACCACACGCUGUUGGAAAUCUCCAACAGCAUAUUUUGGAGCUUGCUACUCAAAUCGACAUUCCGUCCGAUUGCCAAACCCCAGCCCACCAAAAGAACCCAAGCGGGAACAGCAAAUCUAGCAAUAGACUAUCCCACAUUGUCUACACCUCCGGAACCACUGGGCAUCCCAAGGGGUGCAUUUCGUCCGCGCGGUCGCUGCGGAAGUACAUCGACGCCAAGAACGAUGCCCACGACAUCACUCCGGCCUCGACCGUGCUUCUGGCAUCCUCGCUGUCCUUCGAUCCGUGCCUGUCAGAUGUGGUAGCUACGCUCGAGGCCGGCGCCACCUUAGCGAUCGCCCCCCGUAUCAACCUGGUCUCGGGACUUACAACCACCCUGCUGGAUCUAAGAGUGACACACGUGCUCUGCACACCGACCCUCUGGGGCCUGACACUGCUGCACCGGCCUACAAAUCACCCACACACCGCCAUCAAGGAAGACUUUCCUUGCUUGCAGCGGGUGGCGCUCGGCGGGGAGCCCAUACAGAACAGCCUCGUAGUAGCGUGGGCUCGCUCUCGGGCCGAGAAAGAGCAAAAAAAUGGAGAUAGCGAGAAUUCCCUCUCAACAUGUCGAUUACUAGCAACAUACGGGGUUACAGAGGCGUGUGUAUACCAGACUUGUGGAGAGGUGUUCCGUGAGAGCGAAACCAUUUUCACAGACUCAAACGCCGCUCUUGCAACGACGCUGUCGUCGUCGAAAAGAGGACAGUAUGUUGGGCAUCCAUUGGACGGAACAGAAGUGAAAAUUUGCAGGGAAGAUUUCCAGGGGAACCAUCUCGAAGAAGUUCGAGAAGCAGGAAUGCUAGGAGAAAUCGUUUUGUAUGGUGACCAAAUCGAUAUAACUACUGGCUAUCUGAAUCGACCCGACCUUGUAGGCAAAUUUGUAGCAGAAGAAGUUGCUGUCACCGAUAAUGAUGGCGACUUAACAUCGAAAAAAGUUCGAUAUCAUUAUCGAACAGGUGAUAGAGGAUAUAUCAAUCCAACCGAUAGAAGCCUUUCAAUUACAGGCCGAAUAGUCGGAGAAGAGGGAAUGAUCAAGAUAAAUGGAGUUCGGGUGGAACUUGGGGAAAUUGAAGCCGCCUUAACGAGUGGUGAAAGCAACGACAGUAACGAUGAUCAACGUACCGUUGUCACAGACUGUCUUGCCAAAGUCAUACAAGAUUCAGGUGGUCAAAAUACCAUCCUUGCUUACUGUGUUUUCCCUGAGACAAUAUGGAAAGAGAUUGGAAUAUCGCUGAAUGAUUUUCGGACGAAACAACAAGGAGUCAUCAUCAACGGCGGACCACUCUGGUCGUUGCUUAGAAUAAAAUGCUCUAAUCGAUUGAGGAAAGCAUGCAUACCUUCGACAUUCGUUGGCAUUCCUCGAUUGCCUCUCUCCCGUACAGGCAAACGAGAUCGGUUGGGCUUGCCCGGCCUCAGUUCCUGUUCCAUUCUUAGAAUCAGCAACGAGUUGUCUACCCCACUUGAAAAGUAUGGUCUGGCGGGAAGCAUGGUGGUUGAGACUCUCGUGAAAUAUCUAAAUCUGCAGCCAUGUCAGCAACAAAUGCUGACAAAAUCGGUUUCCUUUGCGGUCCUUGGAGGGGAUUCCCUAUCCGCGGUGGUAGUUUGCAGGACGCUUUAUGCCCGCUGCCACCAAAUCCAAAAUUCUCGGUUUGUCGGUGGAGAGUACGGGCAAUUGCCAGAACCCUUCGAUACAGUAACUCUUUUGCGUGCGCAAAAUCUUGGCGACUACGUUGAUUUGCUGGACGAGACCAUCACCGAAAAUGGCCUCCUUCGAGGGCAAGGGACGUCGGUCGAUAACUCAUCGGCAGCUACGUCUGUUACAACCACACACCUGCCAGAAAAUGGCUCUGUGGACGACGCGUUGUUGUACGAUGCACUGUUGCAGGCAACAACUAUGAAUCAAUCGAUGAUAGCGAAAGCUCUAUUGUCACUUGGGGCGAAUCCAAACCGUGACCAUGCCCAUGGCAGUAGAAUUGGUAAUACGUCAGGUCGCAACGAGCGCAGAGCAAUAUUCAAGACCGCCCCAUUGCACCUGGCGUGUUUCCGUGGAGAUGCUGGCCUCGUGAAGCUUCUUCUGGCCAAAAACGCCAGCUUCAAAUCGCCAAACACGAACGGUGUGUUCCCAAUCCACCUGGCGGCUGGUGGCAUCGACGACAACGGCCCCGAGGGUACCUUGGAAGAGGAUGCACGCCGCUUGGAUUGCGUAAAGCUGCUGCUAAGCGCCGGCUGCCCGUUGCUGAUGAAAGACGCCAAUAAGCAAAGCAUUCUGCACGCAGCAGCCCGUGGAGGCCAUUGUUCGAUCAUCGAGUUUGUGAUUGCGGUGCACCAGUGCGAUCGAUAUUAUAACGGUCCCGUUCCCCUACGACAAUUCCUCGAAUUCCAGGACCGUUGGUUUCGCUCGGCUGUACACUGGGCAGUGAUCAACGGAAGGGUCCGGGCUCUGAAAGUUCUUUUGGAAAAGGGCUGUGAUCCCUCCCCGUUCAAACCGAAAUCCAACAAACAAACGAGCAUGACAGCGGAGACGCCACUGGAAAUCUGCCAACGAUUGUAUGGAGGGACCGACAAGGGGAAGGAGAUGGAGCAGUUUUUGAGAAGGGCAAUCAACCGCAGACACUCGUCGAGAUGAACAGGAUUGAUUGGAUUAAACGAGUUCAUUUACU